AGUCUGCAUGAACCACAUAGCAUCUAAAGGCUGCUUCUGCUUUAUCAAUUGUGUGUUGCAGUGUUACCAGUGCGAAGCAAAGUAUUGUCCUGGGCGACGUGCCAACUUGUGCUCGGGACAAAUUCAGGACGCGUCUCGUCAGUGCUUUGAAGUACAGUGCAGUUGUCGUGAGACUGAAGUCCAAACAAAGGUGAAGCAUCACGGCAAUAGACCAGUGUAGCAGCCUACCUUAGCAGCCUGCAGCUCACUGAGAACGUUGGUGACCAUCGUCGGCAGAGGAGGAGUCGAGUCUCGGAAUCCAAAUUCUGGCGAUUGUUCUGAGGAACGAAUACUGCUGCUUCUGCUGCUCCUGCUGCUCCUGAGCGGACGGUGAGGCUGUCGCGUGACCUCGAACCGUGGCGUCUUCGUCGUCGUCGUUGGACCAUUUCCUACCGACAGCAAAACUGCUGCACCUCUUCGACAAGGAGUUUAGUGUGUGUGCAUGUGUUUUUGCCUGGCCGUGUGAAAGUGAACAACGACGAGCCGAAGAAAUUCACGUCAACUGAUUGCUAGAACUUUCUGAAAAAUACGAAUACGUUGGUGCAUUUGCGUCGCAACUGUUUAUAAAAAGAACGUGGGCCUUUGACCGUCCAGCCAGUGAGACAACAGGCAGACGACACCAGGACCAAAGAGAAAAAGAAAAACAAAUCAACAAACAGCGUCGAUCAACAAACCAUCAGUCGAAGAAGAAACUGACGGGCGAUGCUCUGAGCAUUCCUUCGUGAUCCCCUUCUGAGCUCCGUUGAUAGCGGCGCUCCGGCCAAUUACUGAAGUUGUGCUUUUUCAAGCCUCUGGCUGAGUAUUGAAAACCGGAUAAGGGCAGUCACUGAUUCCCAAUCGAUCAGCCGACCUACUAAAUCCCGCCACUUUAUUCCGCAAGGUUACGUUAAACGAAGUCAAAAAAGAUUAAAGGUACCAAUUUAACUCACGAUUGCCAUUACACUUACCAGUUACUCUUCUAUUAUUCUACAAUUAGUAAGCCACGUGGGCAAAAAUCAAAUAAGAAGAAGAACAACGUUACUCAUCCUUUAUUUCACCUGAAUCUCCUGCGGUCAAACCUAACCAGAUCCCACCCGACUGAUCAGUGAUGGCGGCCUUUAUUGCAAAGCAGAUGAUGGGCAACCAGCUCAAUGCCGUCAAAGGGCAAAUCGGAGGGGAGGGCGAGACCUCAGCUGAAGACAAGGAGGCAGAGGCCGAGGCUGAGGCCGAGCGAUUGGAAGCUCUUCGUGAGGCCGAGGACCGCCGCAAAGAGAAGCACCGCAAAAUGGAGGAGGAACGCGAAAGGAUGCGUCAGGGCAUCCGGGACAAGUACGGAAUCAAGAAGAAGGAGGAGAUCAAGCUUGAACCCGAAGAAGAUAUGGGACCUGCUGGACUGAAUCGACGAAAAAAAACUCCCGAAGAAAUUGCCGCAGAAAACGAAGCAGCUGAACAGGACGAGCUGACCAAGCUCAAGAACACCAUCGAAACGCAAGUGAGCGAGCUAAAGACGACAAUAGAGGGGAAGUGUAGCUUACAAUAGAUUACUGCCUCUGCCUUGCACGUAGAUCGCCUGUUCGGAGGCCUUAUAGUGCAUGACGAACAGUGCAAUUCCAGGCAAAUGCAGCCGCAACAGAAGCAACCAAGUACUUAUAAAUAAAUAAGAAAAAAGGAACAAGCUAUCCAUUACCGUCAAAUAAACACGAAAUCAACACUAUUGCCGCCUGCUCGCCAACUCGUCUGCUUGGAACCUCAACUUAUCUAAAAUUAUUCACCGGCAAACCAUCGCCAUCGGCGCCGUCACACGAAAAUACAUGGACAGCAAAUAACCUUAAAAACCACUAAGUUGUUGUUCCCACACGCAAAAAAUAAAUUCAAGUCAAUUUAUAGCCAUAGCGAAACGAUCGCCGAGUGAGUUAGCUCGUGUAUGGGAUGCAGAUCGAAACGGAAAGCCCGCUAACGUACGCAUAUAGCAAUCAGAAACAAAAAAACCGUAGGGAAUUAUGACUAUGAAGCAGUAGUGACGAACAGCUAAAUAGAAAAAAAGCAUAAAAGCAAAGCAAGAAAGAUUGGCGGCUCCGGACGAAAGUACCGUCAAGCAAGCCGUUUGUGACCGAUUAGCUCGACGACAUCACUCUGAUGAGGACCUAUGGUGCUGAAAAGCUAAUAUGAGAUGAAACUAUGACAAGGUUUAAUUGUAGCUCACGAAACAAUUCGCAGAGUAGUCGCGACGAUAUCUCAAUCGAUUACUAGCUACGUGUUUGUGUAUUGAGUCCUCUUUCAUCAUAUAUCAUGGCGCUCGCUCAUACCGUAGCAGCAGAAGAGUAAUGCAAGCAGAUAGAUGAAGAUUCAUAAACUGCUGCUGGUGCGGCUAUGACAAGAGAACAGAUCAGCAGAAGCAGACAAGCUUUCUUGCUCCUUGAAAAAAAAUCAUUAGGAUACUGCACUAGCAGCAUCCGGAGGAGUUAGCGAUCUCGAGAAAUAUCAGGCCUCAAAAGAGUAGGACAGUCACAUCUGUUCGUGGAGGCCCUGACACUAUUCAGGUAAACGCAGAAGAAUUCUGCACAGCCGUAGCGAAGAUAUAUCAUCUAUUCUAGCGUACGAAGUCAUGAAGUACCUAUGGUUCGAAAUGCUUUGACUAUUGAUUGUGCUCAUUGAUUUUAUAGAACUGGUUAAUGAAGAGGAAACUAUCGCCACCCAGUAGUAAUCACUAGUCCAAUAGUAUAAAUAGAAUCAUGAUGAACAAAAGUCAUUGUAUUAUUAACGACGAGUAUUUCAAAGAGAGCCACAGUAAGGUUCACAAGCUUCUAACAAAAAGAAUGAACAGAGGGAGCUGGAGUUGAAGCAGCUGAAACUACUAUUGACAGAGACAUUAUUAUUGCUACUAUGAAUAAUACAAGGAAACAACAGCCGCUGCAGCAGUAGCAGCAAACAAGGUAAAAGCUCUUUAUAAUAAAAUGAAUAUCAAGGGCAGUCAUGAUACUGCUGCUGCUGCUGCUGUUGCUGAUGCCGAGGGCGAUGAUGAGGUUUCAGUGAUGACCAAACGGCCACACCGUUCCAUUCACAUUCGUGAUAACAAAUUAUAAUGAUGAUGACACGUAAUCUGAUGGCGACGUCGUCGUCGUCGUCGCCAUCCUGUCGUCGGAACAGAAGGCUGUCCUUGAUUCAAGCGGUUAGAUCCUGAUAUCUUCAGCUCACAUGCAAUGGGCCAAAUUGCGGCAGCGGGAUCACUUACUCGGCUUAUCGUUAGUAGUCGUUAUUAUGGAGUUAACAGAAUAAGUAUACAAUAUUUACAUGACUCAGAACGAUGUGAGGAAACGUUGAGAAGGCCUUCUACUUGCGCGAAAGCUGUACCGGCCUCCCGCUAUUCUUAGAAGAGCCUCAAUGCCUCUCAUCCGAUUGACAGCCCUCUUCCUCAUGUUACAGACAGGGGAUGGCUAGUUAGAUGGAAGGCGGCCGGUGGUACUCCGUAGUGCUCACUUCACAAAAAAGUAGAGCGCUUUCAGCGCCCUCCUUCGACCGUCAAAAGAUCCUAUUGACGCUACCGAUCCCCAUCUGCCCGUUUCUCUCUCGGCACUAGCGACACCUUCGUCCACGUUCUAAUCCUAUGCUAUAUAAAAUUUACAAAAUUCGUUCUAUUUCUGCAUUCCAGACCGUGCUUCCGCUUUGUGUUCAAGUUCUGCUUAAGUAAAUAAAGUAAAUAAGUUCUUAUUUAAGGUG